GAAUACACGAGUGAAACAGUUCUUCUCUUUGCGUGGUCGGCAUGGGGAGGUAGAUGGAGCACCAUAUGAGUGAAAAACAACAUCUAGGCUUGUAGUUCUAUACAUGUGCUGCUUUCUUGAGUACUCCGUUUAACCUGGUCAUAAGGACAUCAACCAGACACUGAAAACUCAUGGCAAAUAAGGAUAUAGCUGCGGUGGGAAGCAUUCUCGUCAACCCGAAGCAGGACUUGACAACUCGCUUUAGAGCACUUUUUACUCUGCGCAACCUUGGUGGACCAGAGGCCAUUAGAUGGAUCAGUGAAGCUUUUGUGGAUGAAUCUGCACUUCUGAAGCAUGAGCUGGCAUACUGCCUCGGACAAAUGCAAGACGAGCGGGCCAUUCCUGUCCUAGAGACGGUCCUGAAAGACACUAAUCAAGAGCCAAUGGUCAGACAUGAAGCAGGAGAAGCUUUGGGAGCCAUAGGAAAUCCCAAAGUCUUAGAUUUAUUGAAGGAAUAUGCAGAAGAUCCAGUUAUUGAGGUGGCAGAAACAUGUCAGCUGGCACUACAGAGGCUGGAGUGGCUCAUGAAUGGUGGGGAUAAGACAGCAAAGAGGACAGAUGAGAACCCCUACUCCUCCGUGGACCCCGCUCCCCCAGCCCCAAGAAAAAGUGUCCCGGAUCUGAGGGCGCAGCUCUUAGACGAAAGCCUGUCACUGUUCGAUCGCUACAGAGCUAUGUUUGCCCUGAGGAAUCUUGGGACUGAAGAGGCUGUUCUGGCUCUUGGAGAUGGUCUUCAGUGCAGCAGUGCCUUGUUCCGCCAUGAGAUCGGUUAUGUGUUGGGUCAGAUCCAACACGAGGCCAGCAUCCCUCAGCUGCGGGCAGCUUUGGAGAAGACGGAUGAGAGCGCCAUGGUCAGACACGAGUGUGCCGAAGCGCUGGGCUCCAUCGGGAAGGAGGCGUGCUUACAGAUCCUAGAGCGCUACAGGAAGGACCAGGAGCGGGUGGUGAAGGAGAGUUGUGAGGUGGCGCUGGACAUGCUGGAGUAUGAGAACAGCUCGCAGUUCCAGUACGCAGAUGGACUGCUCAGACUGCAAAGCGCUCAGUGAAACCUCUCACACAAACGUUAAUGUUUCACAGCCGAUGCAUAUUUCAAACGGAAUGUUUUUCAAAUAUUUAAUAAACACUGGUUUUUCAGAUACAUCUAAAAAAUGACUUCCUUGAAAAUGUAGGAAGACCUUUACAUAAUAAAAGCAUUCAUUU